GAUCCUGGCACGUUCAAGGCAAGGACUUUAGUCACUAGGCCAUGCUGCCAGGCCCUGUUAAGGUAUUUUAAAGUGGAACAUUAACUUUUAAAACCUUUGUUUUUAUUUGAAAGGCACGGGUGGGGAGGGGAAAAGAGAUGGAGGAGAUGGACAAUCUUCCAUCUGCUGGUUCUUUUCUGAAGGUCCACAAGUACUUCUCUGGUCCAGGCUGAAGCCAGAAACUCAGUAAGGUCUCCCAUGCAAGGGACAUUUUGAGCUGUCACCUGCUGCCUCUCUUCCAAGAGGUACAAAUUAGCUGGAAGCUCGAAUCAGAAAUGAACCCAUGCGCUAAGGCUUCAGGCAUCUCUAGUGAUGUCUUAACUGCUGUGCUAAGCACCUGCUCUAAAGCUUGUGUGUGGGAUCUUGGGGACACCAGCAGUCAUUGCCCCGGUGGGAGUCUGCAUGCUGUCCUUGCUGCUGCAGACCUGAAGGUCUCCUCCUUUGACUGAGGACUUGCCAAGACUGGAAGCCUGUGCUAAAGGAGGAGCAGUGCUUCGCUGCCCCGCCCAGUCACCUCCACAGGUGGCUAAGCGAUGGGACUGCAUGCUAAUUCCUGACCUCUCUGCACCUGCAGCUUUCUUUAGCGUUUCACUUACCUCUUUGCAGUCCCAGCUUGGAUGCGGCUUAUGGGAUGCAGAACAGAGAAUCAUACUUGAUGAAUGUUAUAACUAUUGAAGAUUACAAGAGCACAUACUGGCCCAAGUUGGAUGGUGCCAUAGAUCAGCUGUUAACCCAGAGUCCGGGCGACUACAUCCCCAUCUCCUAUGAGCAGAUAUACAGUUGUGUGUAUAAGUGUGUGUGCCAGCAGCACUCGGAACAGAUGUACAGUGAUCUGAUCAAGAAGAUAACCGAUCACUUAGAGAGAGUCUCCAAGGAGCUGCAGGCCAGCCCACCAGAUCUCUAUAUUGAAAGAUUUAAUAUAGCUCUCGGGCAGUACAUGGGAGCAUUGCAGAGCAUUGUGCCUCUUUUCAUAUAUAUGAAUAAGUUUUACAUCGAAACCAAGCUUAACAGAGACUUAAGAGAUGACCUUAUAAAGCUGUUUACGGAACAUGUUGCAGAAAAGCACAUUUACAGCCUGAUGCCUUUACUUUUAGAAGCCCAGUCAACACCAUUUCAGGUCACACCUUCAACUAUGGCGAAUAUUGUGAAAGGCCUGUAUACUCUCAGACCAGAGUGGGUUCAGAUGGCUCCAACUCUUUUUUCUAAAUUUAUUCCCAAUAUCCUGCCUCCGGCGGUGGAGUCUGAACUUUCAGAAUAUGCUGCUCAAGACCAGAAGCUUCAAAGAGAACUCAUUCAGAACGGUUUCACAAGAGGUGACCAGUCCCGGAAGAGAGCUGGGGAUGAGUUGGCCUAUAUUCGUCAGCAUGUGCAAGUUCCAGGGGUUACAGAUAGUGAAUGUCCUGAGCCUUUUUCCCGUCCCGAGGAGGACACACUGGAGACUAUUCAGAGCACAGCGGGGCCUGCCAUGCUCAGGCGCGCAGGCGCAGAGAUGCUCUCAGAAGAAGAUGCCGGACCUCUUACUUUGGUUUGCAAUUUUAAAUAACAAAAAAACUAACAAAAAACAUAAAACAGUUGCUGCUAGACUUGGGGGUGAUUUUGAAAUGGGACAAUCUUUUCAUGACUUUACUACAGAGUCUGUGAAUAGCAAGCAUCUUGGAAAGUGACCCUUGCUAAGUGAAAUCGGACAGCCAAAUUCAGCAGCUUCCUCCAAAAAUAUGAGAAUUUGAGUGGAAGAAUCUCUCUCUCUCUCUCUUUUUGUUGUUGCUGUUGUUAAGCACUUGUUUUGUUCAUGUGUGGACUUGGCACUUCAACAUAUUGAUUUCCCAUGACGAAUACUUUUGCUUUAAAACCAAGCAGGUUAUUUCAAUACAGUAUUUGUAGAUAUACAAUACCCAUAAUCAAAGCAAUUGCCUUUCAAAGACUUGGUUUUUGUUCAGCAUUAGGAAGCCUUGUGAAAGGAAAAUGCUAACUCCGCUUUCUCCACUUCCCCCCAUCAGUUCACAACUUGUUUCUACUCUGUGCCUUGAGCUUUGUGCACUUUGCAGCUGUAUGACCGUAUUGUCAUGCUUCCUGGAGAAGUUUGUGGCAUCCCAGACUCACUAACAUGUCAAGUAUGACUUUGUGACAAGAUGCUCAUUAAGUGAGGAAAUAGAGAGGUGUUUCGCAGUGAUCAGGUGUCCCCGUGCUUUGCCAGGUCGUGUCAUGUUGGGGACCAGAGCAUUUCCAUUCCCUCUGUCAGCUGUCGUAGUUUUGGGGGAAUGGGACUCAUGUUUAGGGGACGGUACUCCAGCAUGAAAAUGUUCCUUUCAAAAUUGCGGGGAAUUAUCCAGCAGUAAGAACUGUGUGCUGUGACCCGUGAGAAGCAGUGUAGUUCCUAAAUCCAGAUGAAAGCAGUGCUGCGGGGUUCCCGAGAGCUUGUAUGUUAAAUGGAUGGUCUGAGUACUUAUGGCAAGUCUGUAGUCUGCAUCUCUUGUAUGUUACGUUUGGCUGUAAUGGGGAAGUAGUAGCUCUGUUGUUUGAGGCUGCCUUCCAGCUGCGGCUGAGCUGUUUCCUGUUUCCCCACACCCACAGUGCUGUUCCAGUCUCUUUAGAUGACUCUGAAGAUUAUUCUGGUGCUUUUUGAAAGACAAAGGAAAGAGGAAGCUGUGGAAAGGGAGAAACAUACUGCUCGAAGUUUUCUUAGUAUCUGAGUGAAACACAGGGUUCACUCCUGGGGGCUCCAUCAGACUAGUACUGUCCAUCUCAGAAGUGGGGUGAGGGCAGACAGACCAGGAGCAUUGUCACACAGGAGGUGCUGGGUUCCUGACUGCCGCUGCCCAUUCUGUUGAGUAUUUUGGGGAGGGGGUGGUAGAAGAAUUAGAACUGGGAAUGGGACAUCUAGUGAUUUAAAAAAAUGAAAGUAAAGAUUGUCCAGUUUAAGUAUUUAUCACCAGAAUUGUGGUAUUUGCAAAGGACUUGAAUUGUACUCGUUAAGUACAUGAGCGUCUUGCAUUGUUUUGAUGAACUCUGAAAUACUUAACUGGGAGAACAUAGCAAGUUCUGAUUAUGCCUGUGCAGCUCGAUUUGCUGCAUCCUUAACAUCGUAGUACCAAGAAGCAUCUCAUUUUAUCAUGCAGUCCAAGUUCACUUCCCAAUGGAAUGCUUUCUGCAGACUUACAGAUAACACCCUCACAGAAUUUUCUUCUGUGCAAAUAUUUUGAAAGAGGGAAAAUUUAAUGUUCCUUUAAAUGCGGAUGACUGCUUCAGUAUGCUCACACCCAAAUGUUUUCUCUCGGAGAGAGCAGUGUUUUUUGGCCAAUAACAGAAUUUUCCCUAUAAAGCAUUAUAAUUUGUCAAUUGGCAUUGAAAUCUCUGGAUGUUUUUUCAUCAAGUGAAUAGAGAAAUAGUUGAUGUUCUUAUUUGUGUUAACAAAAAGCGGAUGAAGUAAAGUUUGCAAAACUUAUUUUCCCUAAAUGUUUGCAGAGUGGCUGUGAUAUGGUUUGGGGUUUGCUC